AUUAUUUUCAGACACAAGCGUAUAUUGGAGUUAUUGUUGGGAUAACCGUGAUGGUAAUAAAUUUACAUAAUAUGAUCGUUUCGAUAUUUUUGUACAAAGCUCGCGAAACAAAAAUUUUGAAUUUUCUUAAAAUAAUUUUAAAUUUUGCCAACAUAUUGCGUUUUGGUAGUGUAUUUGGCACACAUAUGACUCCUCAUAUUGCCACACUAACUCAAUGCGUAUCUCUUCAAUACCUAGCAGCUAUCGGUAAUGUUAGCAUAAGAGUGGCAUUAACAGCUUUCUUAUUGUGGCAAUUAAAACAAGUACAUGAUGAAAAUACAGAUAAAUGGAUUGGUAUUAUAUUAUUUGUGAUCAGAGCUUGUUUAGCGGUCCCUCAACUCGGUUUACAAAGACCAGAUCUUCAAUCUAUUUCCGAGAAUAAUUUAAUAGUUUGUGUCCCUAAUGUUAUCACUUUACGAUAUUAUUCGAUUACUGAGAUAUUAGUUGAAAUUUUCAUUGAUAUAUAUGUGACCGUCCGUUUAAUUCUUAUAUUAAAAAAGGCUAAUAAAAAUGUUGCGGGUUUAUCCACAAAUAUAGGACGCCCCAAGCGAUCUUUAUUCACUGUCGUUAUAUACUGGAAUUUCUUACGAUUAUUAGUAAUUUUUAUCUUUCAUGCAUUUGGCCUUGCAGACCUUUAUACUUUGAGCAAAAGCUUCAUUCCUAUAACACUUGCAGCAAAGUGUUUAAUAAAUAUAUUCUUAUCUUACGUGAUUACCGCUGACGCUGAAAUUGUGCGAGUCAUUAAGGGCAAACCUAAUCAAGAAAAUAAUAAAAGAAAUCAAAAGAAGCCAACAAAAAGUAAAACAAAAUCCUUAUUAACGAUAGAUACAAGCGAUUCCCCAUCUCAAUUUCUUUCUAAACUUACACCACAUACUCCUAGAUCAAUGAAACAACAUGAGAAAAGAUUGUCAAUCUCUGAAUGGACAAAUACGGCUAUUGAUAAUUUUAAUGAUGAAAUAAUUGAAGAACCUCGAAGUCAAAACAAUUGGGAUUUUAAUAAUGAAAAAAUAAUUGAAGAACCUUUAA